GUCGCCAACGGUAUUGGGAAACGAGCAGCGAUCCGCCCACAAAACCAUGGGAAUCCCGUUUCCCCACUGACGAUGUGUCCACAAAACCUAAACCCGCGGUUCCGUAACCUUCUCCUCCAUCUCCCAUUGCCGCCGCCGAGCCGCCUGACCAAGCUACGAUGCAGGUGACGGCCUCCGCUCACCGUGUACACCUCUUCUCCCCGUUGUCCUCCCCCGCGCUGUCCCUUCCCUCCGCCAAGCAUUGCAGAUGUCGAAACCGGAAUGCGGCCGCCACCACCGUCCGCAUGGGCCUCCGGGAGGACGGCCCCUCCGUGGCGGUAGUGGGCGUCACCGGCGCCGUCGGACAGGAGUUCCUCCGCGUCCUGUCCGACCGCGACUUCCCGUACAGAAACAUCCGCCUACUCGCCAGCCGCCGCUCCGCCGGGAAGCGCCUCACCUUCGAGGACCGGGAGUAUACCAUCGAGGAGCUCCGACCGGAGAGCUUCGAAGGGAUCGACAUCGCUCUGUUCAGCGCCGGUGGGUCGAUUAGCAAAGAGUUCGGUCCGGUGGCCGUCGAACGGGGAUCGAUCGUGGUGGAUAAUAGUUCGGCGUUUCGGAUGGUUCCGGAGGUGCCGCUGGUUAUCCCGGAGGUGAACCCGGAGGCGAUGGCUCAUAUAAAACUGAAGGGGAGGUCAGGGAAAGGGGCGCUCAUCGCGAAUCCUAAUUGCUCCACCAUUAUCUGUUUGAUGGCCGCUACGCCUCUCCAUCGCCAUGCCAAGGUGGUCAGGAUGGUUGUCAGCACCUAUCAAGCAGCCAGCGGCGCAGGUGCUGCAGCUAUGGAAGAGCUCCUGCAGCAAACUCAUGAGGUCUUGGAUGGGAAGCAACCUACAUGCAAAAUUUUUAAGCAACAGUAUGCUUUCAAUCUGUUCUCGCAUAACGCAGCAGUUCUUUCUAAUGGUUAUAAUGAGGAAGAAAUUAAAUUGGUGAAGGAAACUAGAAAAAUCUGGAAUGACAUGGAUGUCAAAGUGACUGCAACUUGCAUACGAGUUCCUGUGAUGCGUGCACAUGCAGAAAGUGUUAACCUUCAAUUUGAAAAGCCACUUGAUGAGGAUACUGCUAGGUGCAUUCUGGAGGGAGCUGCUGGUGUCGCAGUUAUCGAUGACCGGGAAUCCAAUCACUUUCCUACGCCCUUGGAUGUGUCAAAUAAAGAUGAUGUGGCUGUGGGACGCAUACGACAGGAUCUAUCUCAAGAUGGCAACCUAGGGUUGGACAUAUUUGUGUGUGGUGAUCAGAUACGUAAAGGGGCAGCUCUAAAUGCUAUCCAGAUUGCUGAAAAGUUGCUGUAGAGGAUGCACGAUAAUUUUCCCAUAUGUUUAAGCAUUUCCCUUAUAAUUUGUUUCCCGGAGCAAGGAAGAUAGCAUCAAUUUUUUGGUCCUUGAAAUGAUUCAACUAUCAUUUCUUGUUGUGCGAAGGCAAUUUCUGUAUGAUGGUCUGCGUCUUUUUUCGGUCAAUUUACAUUUCUGUUGUGCGAAAGCAAUUCUGUAUGAUGGUCUACGUCUUGGUCAAGUCGAUCUUAUUGUACCAUAAGGUACCACUAUACCGUUCUAAAACCAUAAUUCAUAAGUUUGCAUUAUGAAGCAUUUACUCUUAA